AUUAAAAUAAUCCUAUCAACAAUAACAAUUGUGGAAUAAUAUGCUUAGCAAUAGAGAUUUCAAUUUCGUGUUUUACGUAUUGUUAUAUAAUACGUAUUGCAUAACAGUGCCAGAAACAUGGAUAGACUUUGGGCAGUCUACAUUUAAAAUGCCUAAAAAAACUAAACAGCUUUCUCAAGCUUGUAUGAAACAGUUGCCAUGUAAUGAUUGGGAUGAAUUUAAAUUUAAUAAGAGCUUUGGUCCUUAUGAAAAUUAUUCAAAUGCACGGGCUGUUGAAAAAGCAGUAAGCGAAAUGUCUGCGUCAGAUGACAAUAUUGUUAUACAGGAACAAACAAAGGAAACAAAAAAAGACUUAUAAAAUCGCGAAAACUUUAUGGCGACACAUCCAGCAGCGAUGCUGAACCAAAAAAGAAGAGAUUUUUCAUGUCAUCACAUUAUAUACCAGAAAGUGAAUAUAUAUCAGAUUCACUGAGCCUAUCGAAUAAGAAAUUGUCAACUAAACCAGCAUGUACAUCUACAAAAUCAAAUAACGAGGUUACUGCAAAUAUGGACAAUGGUUUUGAAGAUUGGUUAAAUGUUACAGAUAGAAUUUUGGAAUAUAAACCUGUAACAGAUAUCGUAAAAAGUGAUGGAUUGAAAUACAAUAAUACAAAAAACACAACAACCAGUGAUGAUAAACAAGAAAAACAAGGAACUGUAAGAGAAAUGCCGAAAGCAGUUGACGACAUAGUUGAACCAAAAAAAGAUAAAACAGCUUUAGUGACGUUACAUGGUAUGUUUGAAAGUAAUUUUCCACUUCUGUAAUGCCAUAUACCUAUUGACUAAUGUUAAUAUAAACAUAUUUAGGGAGAGUCUUCUAAACAUAUAAUGCGCAUAUAGCACACAUUUAUUUAUAUUGGGCGAUGUUUUUUUCAUUACUCAUUAAUCUCUUACUCA